AUGGAGAGAGCCCGGCCGGUGACGGUGACGGUGUCUGCGGUGAGCCUCGCGCUCAGCGUGUUGUCCCUGCUGCUGCUGGUCACUGCCAUCUCCACCGACCACUGGUACGAGACCGAAACCCGCAGACACAAGGAGAACUGCGACCGACACGGAUCCGACUCCAAUGAUCAGAAGAACCGGGAGAUGCCCAUCUACCACCUGCCGCUGGUGGACACCGGCAGCGGCGGGGCCCGGCAGCGGGACGUGGCGCUGAUGAAGCCCGUGCAUGUGGGCAGCAGAGAGGAGGAGCUGCUGGAGAACUGGCGGGCCAUCCUGGGGAUGGGCAUCCUGGAGACCGAGUGCGGCAGGCCGCUGUUCUCCACACACUCCGGCCUGUGGAGGAAGUGCUACUUCAAGGGCCUCGACCCGGACAUCGACAAGCUCAUCGACCGGGGUAUUGCAGAUCGCUGCACACCUGUCAAGUAUCACUUCUCUCAGCCAAUCAGACUAAGGAACAUCCCUCUGAACCUGACCAGGACCAUCCAACAGGACGAGUGGCACCUGCUGCACCUGCGUCGGAUCACGGCGGGGUUUUUGGGCAUGGCGGCAGCCGUCCUGCUGUGUGGGAGCAUAGUGGCGUCGGUCGGGUUCUUCUGGGAGGAGAGUUUGACGCAGCACGUGUCCGGACUGCUGUUCCUCAUGGCAGGGAUCUUCUGCACCAUCUCUCUGUGUACGUAUGCAGCCAGUGUGACCUACGACCUCUCCAGGAACCCUCCCUUCAUCUACGGUCUGCCGUCUGACGUCGAUCAUGGUUAUGGCUGGUCUAUCUACUGCGCCUGGGCCAGUCUGGGUCUGACCGUGGCCUCCGGCUGCCUUGGUACCACCUUCCCCUUCCUUAGCCAGGCCAGAGCCCUGCGAUCCAAAACUGCCCGCGAGUCCUCCGUCUGA